CUCGGGCAAUCCAAUGCCUGCUGUCUAAAGGCCGUGUUAAAAUAUAGUCCAUAACACAGAUAUUCCCGUGUUUUUCACUUCUUAAAAAAGUUAUAGAAGUUUAGUAAUUUAUUUAUUGGUGGGGAUUAUCGUAUUUAUACACUCCCUCGGAGAUGCGUAAUUAAACAGUGCGUCAACAAUGACGGUAGCGGUUCCCUCUUUAAAUAUGCCAACAUAGCUCGCCCAGAGAUGUGAGACAGCACGCAGUGUUCCGGAAACAUGCUUCUAGGAAGGUGGCACCUUGGACUUGCUGUUCUUUUAGCUGUCUGUGGAGGAGGUGAUGGGCAUGAGACUGGUAUACCAACAUACAAGCACUGGGAUGCUGCAACAGGACAAACAAUCCUCUGUAACAGAUGUCCCCCUGGAGAAUACCUGAAGCAUCAUUGUACCUCCAUUCAUCCCACGGAGUGUGCACCCUGCCCGGAGAACCAUUAUACACAGUAUUGGAACUAUAUCAAUCAGUGUCAGUACUGCAAAAGAUUUUGUAGUGAACUGCAGUAUGUAAAACACGAAUGCAACGCAACUCACAACAGAGUGUGUGAAUGCAGCAAAGGGUACUAUUUUUACUUUGACUUUUGUCUUAAGCAUUCUGCAUGUCCACCUGGAUAUGGAGUGGAAGUUGAAGGUACCCCUCAUACCAAUACAGUCUGUAAAAAGUGUUCCAAAGGUUUCUUUUCAAGCCAGACAUCUUCCAUAGAAUACUGCAAAAGGCAUACAGACUGUGAAUCUUUGGGUCACAAGCUCAGCAUUAAUGGUACUUCUUGGCAUGACAAUAUAUGCUUCCCUCUUCAAAAUACUAACCUCAAAGGUAUCACACUUUAUGAAGAAGUACUUCUCCAGUUUCUUUCUCGGCAGAACUCAAGCAGGCAUCAUAGAGUACUUCAACUAGGAAGAAAACUUCUUGGCUCAAAGAAUGCUAAACAUCUGUUCAAACAAAACAGCACAUUAUCACCAGAGAUGCUUGUUUUUCUUUAUGUGCAAGAGUGGAAAAAAAAGGAAAAAUAUAAAUGUCUGACUGCUGAAAGACUAGUGGAUUAUCUGAGAACUGCUGGACUCAAACGAAUUGCAAGGAAGGUGGGGAGAAAAUUUAUUAAAAACAGAUAUGCAAACAUUCCAGAAGAUGGUUGUAAUCUGUCCUUGGUGGUUGACUAGUGGAUUAUCUGAGAAUUGCUGGACUCAAAAGAGUUGCAAGGAUGGCGGGGAGAAAAUUUAUAAAAAAACAGAUAUGCAAAAUUCCAGAGGACUGUUUCAAUUUGUCCUUGGUUGUUGCACAAAAGUAGGCCAAGAAAUUGAGAUUGUGUUAAAGAAUUGUUUUACAGGCAGUAUAAUAUGUUUUUUUUUUUUUAAUUUGAAUAUACAGUGCAGCAUUUUCUUUCAUUUAACUGAGCCAUCUUUGUUCUAUCCCAUGUGUUUUGACAUCCUUCAAUCCCUGGCCUCCUUACCAAUAUCAUUGUUAUGUCUUGUCAUCCAUAUCAAAUCACAAUCCUUUGAUCAGUAUGUUUCAACUUUUGGCAGCACUUAAUGCCUGCCAAGGGGGGAGAAGCAGGGUUAAUGUACUAUCCCAUAGAGAGGGUGGUGGGUAGUCAUCACUAUGAAGCUGCUGCUGACAUAAAUCCAUUGUUAAGGUAAAUGACGUCAUGUGGCUGAUAAUAGAUUUGCUCAUAAACCAUUAAUCGUAUACAAGGGCUGAAGCCUCACUGCCAUGCUCCAUUCCCACUCUGAAUUUCUGUGGAACACUGUCCUCAUUCAUUCUUUCAGCCCUUAUACUUCAAAAUAAAAAAAAAAAAACAUCAGAUUUAUUAUCCCCCCCCCCCCAAAAGACAUUUUAUCCUAGCACUGGCCUGGCAUCAUUUUUAAGUCCACGUCAAUGGCAACACAUUUUUAUACCUCACCUCUGCACUGGGGAAUGGCCUGUACAAAGUAUUUAAAUUAUUUAAACUCAGUUUUGUAGAUAGUCUGUAACAUUUCUACCUUGUAAAUUAAUGGGCAUUAAUUAAUAUCCAGUUUGCAUACACGUUUAUUAAUUGUAUGUCAUAUGCAAAUAAAAACAAUUUAUGUAAAGAGAACCAUAACCAAUAAUUUGUGAAUGUUUUCCUGAAAAGUCUUGCACAUACUUUAUAGUUGUUGUUCUGUAGCUGAGUUACUACAAGCUUUGUUAGGAUAUACUCCAGACCUGCUUGGUUUUAUCCUCCCACAAAUGUUGCUAAACCCAACUCUCUUGGUUUAGUAAGUAUGUUCCACAAACUAUUUUAACUAUUAAACUGUUAAUAAUGUG